AUGAAUACUUUUGAAACCCACGUAAUCACGUAUGCCGAGAGUAAAAAGCAGUUGUCUUACAUCUCCGCUGGACCGAGCAAUGGACCGCUUUUGAUCUUCCUUCAUGGAUGGCCUGCAAUCGGAAAAACAUGGGCCCCGCAAUUGAACGCAUUUGCAUCUCUCGGCUUCCGCGUGCUGGCGCCUGAUAUGCCAGGUUAUGGUGGCAGUACUGCUAAUCGUAACACCGCCGAUUAUGCACAGGAAGUCAUCGUCCAAGGACUCUUGGCUCUCCUGGCUUCUACAGGAAAACGUGCGGCAAUAUGGGCCGCGCACGACUGGGGGUGCGGCACAUGCUGGACACUAGCUGCGACACAUCCACAAGCCUGCCUAGGUGUUAUCAACAUGUGUUUGCCAUAUCGAACUUUGGAGCUUGGCCUGGAAGAAUUGAUUAAAACUGUCGAUCGUGACCUCUAUCCUGUCACGGAGUAUCCCAAUGGGCCGUGGGACUACCAAGCCUAUUACGAGCAAUCGUUUGAGAAGGCUGUUGCAUGGCAUAACUCCGAUAUCCCCGGAUUUCUGCGAACGACGUACCGAAAAGGCAGCAGCGCAACAUUUGGCAAGCCUUCGUUUACUAGUACGAUCAUUCAAGAUGGAGGAUGGUUAGGUGGCGCCCUAAAGCCUCUGCCGGCCGACGCGCUCCCUGCCGAGGGCCGCCUACUGUGGCCAGAAUUGGAGCAAGACGUCGUAGCCGCUAUGGAGAAGACCACUUUCUUCUCCGCCGAUGCUUGGUACAUGAAUCACGCUGCCAAUCGAGCAUACAACCUGGGAAAAGGAGUCAAUGGUGGCGUGCUCACUAUGCCAGUACUGUUCAUCGGCGCAAAGUGGGAUGCCAUAUGCGAGGUGGAAUCCUCGGCUCUAGCGGAGCCAAUGCGGAAAUUUUGUACUAAUCUUACUGAGGUGAUGAUAGAUGCCGGCCAUUGGGUAGCGUUGGACAAACCAGAGCAAGUGAAUGCUGCUAUCACGAGAUGGUUAGUGGAGGAGCUCAAAUCGGAAUGGCCUGGAUUUUGGAAGAAUAGGUUCGUUAGCAAUACGUCGAAUUAG